AUGUUCCUGCCUGUGGGAGAGGAAGCGAAGCGGCCAUCGGGGACUCGUGACGCGCAGGGGGCGUGGCGCGGGUGCGGGGGAGCGGCGAACUGUGGGUGGAUUGAGGAGAAGGGGGAGGUAGCGAAGGAAUAUGUGAAGAUAGUCAAGGAGGAGGAGACAGAGGUUGAGGUUAAGGAUAAGGAGAAUGAUAAUAAGGAAGUGGGGAGGAGAGUGAUAUUGUGGAAGAAGGAAGCUGGGGAUGCGAAGGUUGAGAAGGAGGAGGGUGGUACUGAGGUUAAGGAUGAGUUUGAGGCGAAGGAGAGGGAGGCUGAGGAGGGAGAGGAUGAAGAAGGGCAGAUACAACAGUUGGCAAACAUCCCAGAUAAAGUACAAGGAGAUGAAUUUUCCUUAAAAAAACAAACUGAUUUUACAAGCAGUAAUACAUCAGCUGAUAAUAUUGAGUGUGCUGAAAUAUGUGUGGCAUUAAGCAAGAUUACCCGAGACUUGCUACGAGGAAUAAGGCAUCAUGGAUCGUGCUUGCCGUUGCGCUGCGCUGCGCUGCGUUGCGUGGCCGUGGCGUUGCGUGGCGUGCGGGUGGCGGCGCCGAGGCCGCGUCUGGUGGGCGUGCCGCCGCGGGCCGGUGAGCCGUGGGAAGUCUCCUCGCGCCGAGUUUCGCCACCACUGCCGGCUCCAGAAACUACUCACAGGCCGCACCGCAGCCGAGCCGAGCCCCGCCGACGCCCCGCGCGUCCCGCGCCUUCCCGCGCCCGACCUGCGUCGUCCACGCCGUUCCCGCGCCGUCCCUGUCGUCCUGCCGACCUGGUCGCUGACUUGCGAACGCCCGACGCGCCGCGGACGCCUCGCGUUCCCACGGUGAGGCAAAGGCCCGGAACCGAGCCUGAUGGUCCAUCUUUAAAAUCCCGGGCGGCCGGAUCUACCCUGGGCCUGCCCAAGAACCGCCACGGAGCAAGUGUGAUUGUAAAAGACACAGACAGACAACAUAAUAUCUACCCAAAAGAAUCCUCCGACUACAUGUUUUACUCUCCCUUUUUUUUCUUGCUGCUCGCGCUUUUCGGCGUGUUCGGGCCCAGUGCGUGGCGCGGCGCGAGAUCUGCGGAUGCUGGGCGGCGGCGGCGGCGACUGAUUUACUGCGGGGGCGCCGCGCCCGGAUCAGCGCAGGGCCAUCGAUUUUUCAAUGACUCUCCGGCGCGCAUGUGGCCUACUCCGUCGUCGCCGCGGCGCGCGGCGGCGGCGGCAGGCGCGCAGACUCGCGUAUUGAUUGGCUCGCUCGUUACGCGAGCAAUAUCGCCUUGCGCGCUUCCAACGCCCGCCCCGCCCCGCCCGCCCGCCAGCCCCGCCGCCCGCCUCGCCCCGCCCGCCGCGCAUCCGGCCCGGCGCGCCCGAUGGCGUAAUCGGAGCCGCCUCCCCCCUCCCGAGACGCGUCAUCGCCCGUUUGCCGACCAGCGCGUCUCGCGUCGUCGUCCCCGGAGCGGCGCCAAGGGCGGCUCGUCGGAGGAAAAGCUACUAGUCUGUGCUUGCGGGUUUGGAUCGGCCCCUUUAGCUGCGAACGCCGUUAGGAGGCCAGAUCGGGCCCAGUGUGCAUUGCGCAGCGGGCCUUGUGCUUGGGCGCGGGCGCGGGCGCGGGUGGCCGUAUCGACCGUGGCGGGGCGGCCCGGGGAGCGUUCGCCCCGCAGCGCCCUGGGAGGACGGCCCUAUCGCUUCCUGUCGCCGGACACGCGUCCCGGGGCGUCUCUGGGCGCCGCCCGCCCUCCCACCAUCCCGCCCAAGGGCCCGCCCUCCGCCGCUUGCAAGAUCAAGCCCUUCUUCAUUUUGUACGAUCUAGGUUGUGAAGCUUUGAUUGCUGACAAGAAAAGGCGCUAACCGUAAUGUAUUUGCUGUUUCCCAAACACGUAUUUCACCGAAC